UCAUAUUCAUAACUCACCGAUCCACUCGAGUAGCCGCCACGCACACACAUCAUCAUCAUCACACACACAGCGGGCCACUAUGGAAGCACACCCACCUCUUCGCUCCCACACUCCUCACGCACACUUAUUAUCCCAGUGGACUGAUUGAUGCUGGCUGGCGGCUACAUCGCGCUUGUUUGCACCUCAUUAUCACCCAUCUUUCCCGGUUAUUUAUUAUUCCCUACCCCCACCUUGCCUGGAUUACUAUCAUCGCAACCAGUACCACCAGUACCACCGAGUCGAGACGAGACGUCUUCUUCCACAACCUGUAUAUAUUUUACUUGUCAGGAUUAACGCAGGUCAUUUUCAGGAAUAACAUAACUCGCACCAUACGCCGUCUUUCUUGGUUUUUAUUCAAACCAGAAAUAUCUUAUGUGAAUAUGCCUUCAUUGUGCAGGACGAAUACGCGUCGACAUCUCGGGACCGUCUCUGCUUGUUUCUUACUAUAUUUCUUCGUCGCGGCGGUCGAUGGUGUCCCGCAGAGGACGUCGCGGGGCCCCAUCGCCGAGGUCGACCCCGACGCGAUUAUUCUCAGAACACGGGGUCAGCAGCAAACUCCAAACAACCACGAAUUUACGUCGACGACGACGAACUCGUCGACGACAGACACAUAUGACCCUUCGUAUUCGCUGAACAAUUUGGAUGAUGAUUUCCUUCUCUUCUGGAAUUUAAGCAGCGUCGGCGAAAGCGAAGACGAUGCGUCGACGACCGGGGUGGUUCCUUCGGAUGAUGAAGGAACUAACCUGGAGGAAUUAGUUCUCAGGUUAGAGGAAGAAGCAAGACUUGAUGAGAUGGAAAUGGAAGGAGAGGUAGUGAGACAAGCUUUGGAAGCAAGGAGAUCGAGGCCGUCAUCUAGACUAGCACAACCAAAAAGGAAAAAGCCGAAGAGACGGAAAGAUUUACGGAGCGAGUAUACACCACUGAGUAACAGACACAAGAAACGUCUACUUGAUAUUCAUAACUCAUAUAGGAGAAAGGUCCCAGGACCAGCGUCUAAUAUGGAUGAGAUGAUUUGGGAUGACGAGUUAACUCUAAUGGCGAAGAAGUACGCCAAGAAGUGCAUAUGGGCCCACGGGCAGACAAUCGAAUCCAAACAAUUCAAACAUGUCGGGCAAAACUUAGCCUAUGGGAAAAACCCCCGUGGGAUCAACAUGUCGCCGUUUUACCUCGCUUCUCUAUGGCACUAUGAGAAAAAGAACUACGAUAUUGCAACGGAUACAUGCGAACCGAAUACACUCUGUGGACACUAUACACAAAUGAUAUGGUCAGACACCAAUCGAGUAGGUUGUGCCACUCAUUUUUGUGACGAGAUGAAUAUACCUGGUAGUACUAUGAUCAUACGAGAUGCUCUUUAUCUAGUUUGCAACUACGGACCUGGCGGCAAUAUUCAUGGUAAAAAGCCUUAUGACAUCGGGAGACCGUGUACACAAUGUGCUUCCGGUUCAGGGAAAUGCAGAGAAGGAUUAUGCAGUGACUGCGAUAUUCGUGAACCAUCAUGUGAAUGUAUGCUUGAAUGUCAAAAUGGCGGCAUCCUCGAUGAACAGAAUUGUUUAUGUUCAUGCCCUGCUGGUUGGAUGGGAUUGUCUUGCGAAAAUGUUUGUAACAACACGCAUGCGUGGUGUGGAAAUGGUUGGCCAAAGGAAUGGUGUUUCAACAACAACGACAACAAUCCUGUAGAGGAACUAUGCCCUGCAAUGUGCGGUAUAUGCGAUUGUGGAGGGCCACCGUGUAUGAACGGAGGUCGAAAGAGUGUCACGUGUGAAUGCGAUUGCCCUACGCCAUGGAGUGGUGAAGAUUGUUCAGAAUGUGACAUUAAGUGUAUCCAUGGAACUUUAGACGAAGCGACGUGUCAGUGUACGUGUGAUGAUGGGUGGAUGGGCUUAACAUGUUCAGAACCGUGUGAGAAUAAGCAUCAACUUUGUUAUCACGGAUGGUAUCCGAAUUGGUGCGACGAUGAGCACCCGUAUGUACUAGAUAACUGCCCUGCGAUGUGUGAACUAUGCAAAAUCAGCACUGGUGGUGAUACAAGACCAGGUAACUGUCGCAAGAGAUGUAAGAAUGGGGGAAGUCUUCAGGAAUCAGCUUGUGAAUGUGAAUGCCCGGAUGGAUGGUUUGGAGACGAUUGCUCAUUGGAAUGCCGGGACAAGUUCCACCACUGCCGAUGGUCCACCAGACUUUGUGACAAUCGCGAUUACGCUCGACAUUAUUGCCCAGUAUCGUGUGAUUUGUGCUCACCGCCGCUAGACAUUACCGAGUGAUCCCGAAGCCUUCCGAAAUGAACCCGACAAAAUCCGAUGAUGGAACAACAAAUUGCCCGUAACAAUCGAGGAAUUAUGAAGAAAGAAUGGUUGAUAAAGAGCUUUAAAACGAGUCUAUGUGUACGGUAUCAUGUAUAGGUAUAUCUUGUGUAGAUCUUAAAGGGACUUAUCUUAUAUUAAAAAAAACUGACUCUGUACUUGUUCUCGCUGUAGUUUCGUUCUUCAAAAUUAUUUAUUUCGAGUUAUUGCUCGUAAUCGUUGAAUGACUAUCUGCGAGGUACAUGCAACAAUAUCAAAUAUGUUUUGUAGUUAAAGGAAGACAUAUGCAUUUGGAAUCAUUAUUUUGUAACGCAUAUAUGAUUUUUAUUGGCUUAACUAAUAGUAGUUCUGA